AGGCAGCCCACUGGUCCCGAUGAUGAUGAUGAUGAUGGCGGUGAUGGAGGAGCAACGCUGAGUUCACUCUCCCAGUUUUCGCUCCUCUUUUUUCCAUUCAUUCUUUUUAUGGUUAGAUUACAAAAGACAACGUAUAGUGACACAGAGAGCGACACCGCCGAUUUGACCUACUGCCUUUCUCCGCCUCUCUCCCGUCUCCUGAGCCGAGACCGAGAUGGGGAACGAAGCGAGCAUGGAGGGCGGCGGGCAGCCCGGCGAGCCGGGGACAGCCGGGAUGACGGGGUCGGUGAUUCCCGGAGGACCCGCAACAGGACCGGGGGCAGGACAGCACAUGAAGCCGGUCAACGGAACCGCUGCCGGGGGAGGGAUGGGGAUCGGAGGCCCCGGGAUGGGAAUGACGAGGGGUCCGAUGGGUAGCCCCAAGCUUGGCAUGCAACAAGGAGGCCACGGAGGAGGAGGAAUGGGAGGAAUAGGUGGAGGUGGAAUGGGAGGAGGAGGAAUGGGAGGAAUAGGGGGAGGAGGGAUGGGAGUAGGAGGGAUGGGAGGAGGAGGGAUGGGAGGGAUGGGAGUAGGAAUGGGCGGAGGUGGAGGAGUAGGGUCCAGGGCUGGCGAGCCCUACCGCCUGGCCACUCACGAGACUCCGACCUCCCCCCGACAUAUGCAGUCAAGCCAGGGGCCCGGCAUGGGGCAUGGCCCAGGGUCCGGCCACGGGAUAGGUCACGGUCCAGCGGGGUCCGGCAUGGUAGGCCAUGGGGGUCAUCCAAGUCCUGGUCAGCACAACUCCCGUCGAAACCUCCAAGUCGACUUCAGCGGUUCGGGCGGCUCCAGGACAGGCCGGUCUCCCUCUGCGUCUCCCGAUCGCGGCGUGACGCCCACCUCGCCCUACUCGGUGCCGCAGAUCGCACCGAUGCCGAGCAGCAAACUGUGCCCGGUGUGCACCACCACAGAGCUGUCCAACCCACCGGCUCUACCCAACUACAACACCUGCACCCAGUGCAAGUCCACCGUCUGUAACCAGUGUGGAUUCAACCCUAACCCGCACCUCACUGAGGUCCAGGAGUGGCUGUGUCUGAAUUGUCAGAUGCAAAGAGCUCUUGGCAUUGAUAUGACCACGCCUCGAUCUAAGAGCCAACAGCAGAUUCACUCUCCGUCCCACCAAGCCAAACCCAUCAUUCAGCCUCAGCAGCCUGCACCUCAGCCAAUACAGCCAGCAGCAGCAGCGGCACAGCCCAAACCUUUGGCACAGAGUCAGCCCAGCCAGCGGCAGCAGCAACAGCAGCAACAUCUGCAGCAGCAGCAACAUCAGCAGCAGCAUCAGUCUCAGCCUUACGGCCAGAGUCAACCCUACUCCCAGGCCCAGCCAUACUCCCAGUCCCAUCAGUAUCCCCACUCUCAACCCCAGUCUCAGCCCCAGUCGUACCCUGAGUCUAAGCAAGGGCCCCAGCCUCAGCCUCAUAUCUCUCCAGGCUUGCAGAGACACACAGUCCCUGGCGGCCCCCAGACUCAGACAGGGACCUUUCAGCAGGGCAUGAGGUCCGACCCAUACUCUCAAAGAGGUACUGGGGCUCCAGGAGCUGUUGGAGGUCCUACAGGAGGCCUCAACCAGCCUGGGGGACCACGGAUUCCCCACCCUGGCGCUGUGCCCCUCCCUGGCUUGGUAAAGGCUCCGUCCCAGCCCGAUUUGGGUCGCAGUUCUCCAAUGCACCAGCCUAUGGCGCGCCACCAUGACCAGACCAGAAGCGCUGGCUCCUCCCCAGCCCACAGACCUCAGAGUCAGGCCCCUCCUCCUGCUCAGGACGGUCUUACCAAACUGUUUGGCUUCGGGGCAUCGCUGCUCAAUCAGGCGAGUACCCUGAUCAAUGUUGACCCUCUAUCCACUGCCUCCACCCAGCCAAGCCCUGCACGAGGCAAGGUGGUGUUCAGUAAUACAACUGCUGACAACAGGCAGCAACAACAAGGGGCCCCUGGCACCAAACCAUUCAGUAUGGGGGGCCCUCAUGGUCCAACUCAAAUGGGUGGCCCUCAAUUGCAGAGCCAAAUGGGUGGCCCUCAAGCGCCGAGCCAAAUCGGUGGCCCUCAAGCGCCGAGCAAAAUGGGAGGCCCUUAUCCAUCAAGCCAACUGAGGGGUCCUCAUGUGCAGAGCCAAAUGGGAGACCCUUAUCCACCGAGCCAAACGGGGGGUCCUCAUACACAGAGCCAAAUGGGAGACCCUUAUCCAUCAAGCCAAAUGGGGGGUCCUCAUGCACUGAGCCAAAUGGGAGGUUCCCAAAUUAGUGCACCGCAUGCAUCAACCCAGAAGCAGCAGACCAUGCCCCAUCAACAAGGAAUGCCGCAACAACAGUCGCCCGCGCAUCAUCAAAAAGGGCCGCAAGGACAGCAACAUCAGCAAACACCUACUCAUCUGCAAAAGGCGCUGCAGAAGCAGGAGCCCGUGGUGGCCCCUGUGCCUGCUCCAGAGCCUGUGAAGCCUAAAGUGAACUGUCCUCUUUGUAAAACAGAACUGAACAUCGGCAGCUCCGACCCGCCCAACUACAACACCUGUACGCAGUGCCAAGGCCAAGUGUGUAACCUGUGUGGCUUCAACCCCACGCCACAUCUGGUGGAGAAGAAGGAGUGGUUAUGUCUCAACUGCCAGACCCAGCGGCUGAUGUCCGGAGGCGGUCUCGACGAUCCUCCACUUCCUGUUCCUCAUCCGUCUCCCAAGCACCAGCCAAUGGGCUCGCCCCGUCACCAGGCGCCAGCCAGUCAGCAAAGCCCUCUCCACAAAGCCACCAAUCAGCAGGGGCCCAGGCCGGCCCAGCCCCAGACGCAGAAAGCGCAGGCGGGAACUGGCGGUAGUGGGCCGUUUGCACCCAAUGCAGCCAAACAACUGAUCGACUCCAAGAUCACGACACCAGCUACGGCACCAGUAUCAACCACAGAGAUCCAGAAACAGCCAAAACCCACAGAGGAGAAACCCAAAACCGAGCCUGAGAACCAAACUGCCAAAGACACCAAACCCUUCCAGAGGAAAGGAGAGCAGAUCACACCCAUCAAGGAAAUCAAGAAGUCCAGGCACUAUGAUGAUACAAAAAACAACAGCACCCAUGACUUGUCACGCAGCCCUCAGAGCCUCAGUGACACCGGCUACUCCUCUGAUGGCAUCUCCAGCUCCCACAGUGAAAUCACAGGUCUAAUCCAAGAAGAGGAGAUGAAACUGAGUGAGAGGGGGAUCUGUGGGCGGGGUUCCCCACCAAGCCCUUCUGAAAUCACCAAGCUUGAAAGCUCCAUGAGGCCUUUGCUGGAGAAGAGCCUUUCUGAAGAGAAGGUAGACAGAAGGGGAAGGAAGCACAGAGACAGAGACUUGGAUGACAGAGGGAAGCAGCGCCCACGCUCCUUGUCAAUCCCACCAGAUUCAUACGACUCUGAUGAGGAACUGGAAGAUAUACUAGAGGAAGAAGAAGAUGCAGGAGACUGGGAGGGUAAACGGAAGGAAGGGAAGGAGGAGAAGAAGGAGAAGAAAAAGAAGGAAAAAGAGGCUGAGCCCACAGAGAUGACAGAUGAGGAGUUCAUGAGGAGACAAAUACUGGAGAUGAGCGCUGAUGAAGAUAAUGAGGAGGAAGAGAUGGAGGAAGAGGAAGAUGAGGAAGAUGAAGGAUAUGGCUACCAGAAACCCAAGAAAAACCACCACAAACACACAAUCUCUGACUCAGGGAAAGAGAAAAGACGUCUUCAGCACCACUCCAGCAGUUUUGAGGAGGAAACUAAGAGCUCUAACGAUGUUUAUAAAGGCUCAGUGGAGGAGGGUGAGGAAGAUGUGAUGGCAUCACAAGGAGGCUUGAGGCGCUUCAAAACCAUUGAACUCAAUAACACCAGUAGCUACAGUCGAGACAUGGAGCUUGGCAAUGAAAAUGACUUGAGCCUUGAUCGGGAACCUGAGCUAGAGAUGGAGAGCCUGACAGGAUCUCCCGAGGAGCGUUCUCGAGGUGACUACUCCUCCACUCUGCCAGCCACUUCAUCCUCGUAUGGCUCAGGCCAGUCACCUACUUCCAUCUCAUCAAUGGAGGAGGACAGUGACAGUAGCCCCAGCAGGAGGCAAAGGCUGGAAGAGGCCAAGCAACAGAGGAAAGCACGCCACCGCUCCCAUGGCCCUCUCCUUCCCACCAUUGAAGACUCUUCAGAAGAGGAUGAGCUGAGAGAGGAAGAAGAACUUCUGAGAGAGCAGGAGAAGAUGAGGGAGGUGGAACAACAGCGAAUAAGGAGCACAGCACGAAAGACAAAGAGGGAUAAGGAGGAGCUGAGGGCUCAGAGGCGCAGAGAGAGGUCCAAGACACCACCUAGCAAUCUCUCACCCAUUGAAGAUGCUUCUCCAACAGAAGAGCUGAGACAAGCUGCAGAAAUGGAAGAGCUCCAUCGUUCUUCUGCUUCUGAAUAUUCCCCUCAGAGUCUUGACUCAGAGGCUGAGGGAUACGAAUCCAAACUUUACAAGUCAGGCAGUGAAUACAACCUGCCUACCUUUAUGUCUCUCUACUCGCCAGUAGAGAAAUCAUCAACUACAACAACCACCACAGCACCAUCUUCAACUUCAAAACCGCUGAAGAGCGCUGAGGAGGUUUAUGAGGAGAUGAUGAGGAAGGCAGAGUUGCUUCAGAAACAACAGCAGCAACAGCAGCAACAUGGAAGGCAUGGACAGUACUACGAGGAGGAUGUUAAUGGACAAGGUUAUGAUGACGAGUAUGAAUAUGAACAAGAUCAAGCAGGAUAUGAUAAUGAGGCAGCAGAGACAGAAACUGAUAUUUACGAGGAGAUCCGACAAACAUCUCAGAACAUCACCAAGAUGCAGCAGGCCACUGAUGAGCAAGUAGAGAUCGAGAUUGAGACCUCCUACUCAGACAAACAGCUCCUAGACACAGGCUCAGUGUUUGCUAAACUACUGGAGCAGAGCAAUGCUCUACUCACUCCAGGGACCAGCCCCACCCAGAUCUCAGCUCCUGUCUCCUUUGCUGAGACUGGAGGACGGAUUCCUGAUGUCAGAGUAACACAGCACUUCUCUGCAAAGGAUGGACACAAAGACAGGAUUAAAAGCCAAGCAGGAAAGAACGGAAUAACUCCAGCAGUGGCUGCCACCACUAUUGCAGCUUAUGGAGUGUAUGCCAGAGAUGCAGUAACUAUUUCUCAGACUAGUACAAGCCACACAAUGACAACUACUCAGUCUGGUAUAUAUGUCCGACACACUUCAAGCCCUGCCACAUCUUCAACUACAGUCUCAAGUGUAUGCAGCAAGAUUGCAGAGAUUACCCAGGCCUACAGUCAGAGAGAAGUGAUCACCAGAAGGGUAGGGGAGACCAGGGAUGUCCAAGUGCGAGACAGCUCAACAUCGUCCACUGAGAGAGUUAUUGAGCCACGCUCCCCAAAGUAUACUACUUAUUACAGGAGCACUAGUCCUCCUCUUUCUCCAUCACCACCACCACAGAGUCCUACCCAUUCACCUUCCAGAAGGAAUACAGCUGAGUUCUCCACACAGACUUUCAGUUCAGCAUUGCGGAUGUCAGAGUCAGCCAUCUCUGGGCCUACGUCUCCAGUGACAGCGCAAGGAACCCAAACAUCUCAUCGAUCAGUUUCACCACGGCUCUAUCGUCAGCAGUCUUCCCAGGAUGUCCCAUACUCCCCACCUCCAAGCCCAGCUAGGCCAAUGACAGUCAACACUGCUACUUCUCCCCUGUCAUCACCUACCCAAUUUAGCCGCCAACCAACAUUUGACAAUUACUCCCCAUGUGGCAGCCCUCCAGACACACCACCUUACCAACACUCUCCUACACGUAGCUUCUACCGGACACAAAGAGUGGAGAAAGUAAAUGUGGGAACAAGUAUGGUCACCACAUCCAGCACUUACACCAGAGGGUCCAUGUCAAUGGACAACAUCUCCCUCUGUCGAAUAUCUACAGUCCCAGGUACUUCUAGGGUAGAGCAGGGCCAUAUGAUCCAAGGCGGAAGUGUUGUGGACCUCAGAACAGCAACCAAACCAGCUCCUAUUAUCAUGACUGACCAGGGAAUGGAUCUCACCUCCUUAGCUACUGAAAGCAGGAGAUACCAUGGUGGAUCAGAGAGUAGCAGACAUUCCACGAUUGUGCAGCCAAUGAUUAUGAACUUGAACACCCAGGAGAUAAUCACACCAACCACUGUGAGUGUCACAGUGGCUGCUUCCAUGUUCAUGACCCAGCCCAAACAGCCAACAAUCUAUGGUGAUCCCCAUCAAAACCAAGUGGAUUUGGGUCAGGGUAUGGGUUCGGCUGUGUGUCUUUCCCAAAACAAACCAACUGACCCAACAAUACCAAAAAUUGAUGCCAAAUUGGAAGACCUCAGUAUCCAACAGAGAGAGCUACAAAUACAGCAAGAGAAGCUGCAGAAGCAACAACAGCUUCUUGAACACCAGUUGCAGCAGCACCAUCAGAUGCAACAUCAGCAGCAACAAGUAUCUUUGGCCAGGUACAGCCUUACCGGUCAGAUCUCACCUUUACUGAAAAAAGACAUGCUAGUCAGUCAGACUAGCGCUGCCUCAGCUGUGGUCAGUGCUGUAUCACCAGUCAUUAACCCUGAGAUGUAUGGCACUGGUCCCGUUGAGCUGAAAGGGAAGCCUAGUCCUCCUGGUUUGAUAUCAGGAGGUAAAUCACCACAUAGCAUGGUAGUACAGAUGGACGGCGGGCCAGAGCAGGCCAGGGCAAUGACUCAGCUAGUGAAGGUAGAAGUAGGACAGGAUGCUAUGGACCUGACAGGAGGCCAAAUUAAACCUGAAAACCAACCAGCUUGCUGUGAUGUUGUUUACCGACUUCCAUUUGGUGGAAGCUGUGUCGGUGGUGAGAAAGAGGGCAUAAGGCCUCCAUCUGCCCCACCUCUCACCUAUGAGUCUGACCAAGAAAGACUACCUGAAGGGUACCAUGAAUAUCCAAUGGAUGAACGUAAGGCCUACACAUUACCUUUCCCUGGUAGGCUUCAGCCUUCAAUGUCUGAUACAAACCUAGCUGAAGCUGGGCUACAGUCCUACCAUUCUAAACUAGAACCACACCUCCAAGGCACAGGAGAACUUGCCAUGGAUCUAACUGCAAUGAAACAGGGGUAUGGAGGAUUUAUGGGGAUGCAGUAUGGCUCCUAUACAGAUUUACGGCAUGGAGGAGACAUCACAGCCCAAACGCUGCCUAUAAGGAGAUAUAAUUCCUUGUCCAACAUCAGUUCAGACUAUGGCUACUCUGCUCGUGACAUUGCUAACUUCCAAGAAGCUAACUUGGCUCAGUACAGUGCUACAACUGCCAGGGAGAUCAGCCGGAUGUGUGCAGCUCUCAAUUCCAUAGAUCGAUAUGGAAGCAACCCAGAACUGAUGCAGUUUGGUGGUUUGGGGAGAGGAACCGGGCCUGGGGCUUCCAGAUUUGCAACAGGUCUCGGCAUGAGACAAACCCUCCUUUUUGGACUAGAUGGGAAGCCAAUCUCCCACAGUCAAGCGCUAACCAACCUUAUCAAUGCCAGGCAGGCCAGUCUCAGAGCCAUGUACCCUGCUGCUAUUAGGUCCGCUGAUGGGAUGAUCUACUCCACCAUCCAGACCCCCAUUGCUUCUACACUUCCCAUAACAACACAGCCUGCCUCUGUUCUUCGCCCACUACUGAGGGGGGUCUACAGGCCAUACCUCUCUGCCAACAUGACACCUGUGCCCCUAUCCAGUCUUAGCAGACUACCAAUGAGCCCAAGAAUACCCUUAACUGGGCAAGCUCCAGUCCGCUACCCAGCACCAGGUCUUCUCCAAAUAACGUUAACCACUGCCACUUCUGCUGGUGCAGCGACAACUUUAGGAGCAGUAGGUGCCCCAGUGUCUGUUUCCAUUACAACUACUAGUUCUACACUCCAGGAUGAACCAGUUUACCUCGGUAAAAGUGUAUCCUCAUCAGCGGAGGUACAAGGAACAGUUGUUAUACCAAUAGAGCCACAGCAGCAGCCAAUAAACCUGUCCCAGGCCCACCUGAACAGUAAACAACAACAACAACAACAACAACAACAACAACAACAACAACAACAGCAACAAGUGGCAUCUGCUCAGCAGCCACAACAGCCUCCUCCAGCAGCCCAUGCCUACCCACCCUCAACUCCUUCACACACUCAUGGCUACACCCAACCACCAGUCGGCCCCUCUGUCCCCACUAGUGGCUUACCCAUUUCAGGGGGUCUUCCUCCCUUCCCCCCACCAGGUGCCAUACACAAGGAGGGUGAAACCGAGGCAGAGAGGCUGCAUCGGCAGCAGGAGCAGCUUCUGCAGAUGGAGAGGGAGCGCGUGGAACUGGAGAAACUGCGGCAACUGCGCCUGCAGGAGGAGCUGGAACGAGAAAGGAUAGAGCUGAAGCUGCACAGGGAUAAGGAGCAGAUGCUUGUGCAGAGAGAGUUACAUGAGCUGCAGAACAUCAAGGAACAGGUCCUACAGCAGCAGCAGCAUGAACGCGAGAAGCAACUCGUUCUCCAGAGGGAGCAGUUGGCGCAGCAGAAGUCACAGCUAGACCAGAUCCAGUCUCUACAGCACCAGCUCCAGCAGCAGCUUGUAGAGCAGAAGAGACAGAAAACGGCUGCAGCUCAGAGCAUUCAGCUUGAUGCGAACGGACAGCCCCUGCCCCCUUACAUCGACUCUCAGAUUGGAUCCCGCUCUCUCCCCAACUCCUCUUCAGAAAUGUGUCUGAGGAGUCAGCAGGAGCACAUGGAGACCAGGACCAACAUGAGGAAACACAGCUCCAUGACCAGACUGAGCCGGGACAGCUUGGACGGAGACGGCGUGGUGUUCUACGGCUCCCCACGCAGGAUCGUGGACAGCUCUGUGCAGACAGACGAUGAAGAUGGAGAGGAGAGGUACAUGAUGCGUCAUCGCACCAGAAGGCGUGGUCGUAGUGUUGACUGCUCAGUCCAGACAGAUGACGACGAGGACAAGGCUGAGACUGAGCAGCCGGUCCGACGAAGACGUUCCCGUUUCUCCCGGCACGCUGAGUCCAGUGCCCCUGGCAGCAGCACUGCCGCCACAUCCACCACGGCCUCUGACACCAAGACCGAAACUCCCAAGAUGGUAUCCUCCAGUAUUGCCAUCCAGACCAUCAGGGAAAUGUCUUGCCAGACGGAAGUGGAGCACUUAGGAAGAGUCUCUCCAGCAAUCCAUGUGACUGUACCAGACCCGAAUAAAGUAGAGAUUGUGCACUACAUCUCCGGACCUGAGCGGACCCAAAAAGGACAGUCUCUAGCAUGCCAGACUGACCCAGAAGCCCAGUCACAGGGUGUUGUUGCCCCCCAGCUCAGUGUACCAACCACGGUCAGUCCAUAUUCUUCCUCUACCAGCACUGGAACGCAACAAUCCGGUUCUGUCGACCUCCUGACCCAGCAGCGCCAGCAGCAGCACAUUGCAGCAAACGCAGCCAAGUUUGAGCGCCGCCGCCCCGACCCGCUCGACAUCAACUACCAGCCUCACAACCACAUCCACAACGAGUCUAUCUCCAGCAUCAUCCGGCAGCAGCAGACAACUCCCAAAUCCCCACAAGUCCUCUACUCUCCUGUCUCCCCGGUGUCCCCUCACCGCCUGCUGGAGAAUUCUCUGUCCAGUGAGAGGCUGAACAAAGCCCAUGUCACACCUCAGCAGAAGUCCUACACAGCAGAGUCCCCCCAGAGACACCCUUCUGUGCCCCGACCAAUUAAGAGCACCCAGAGGUCCAUGUCAGACCCCAAGUCCCUCAGCCCCACCACAGACGAGCACACCAAGGCCCGGCUGUCCCUCUACCAACAACAAGUGCUCCAGAGCCAGCUGGCAGCUCUACAGCAAAGCUCACUACUCCGAAAGGUUAAGCGAACCCUGCCCAGCCCUCCUCCAGACGAGACUACCACAUCAGGUCACCUGCCCAUGAUGUCACCCGCCCUCCAACAGGUCUACCUGCCCUCCGUGCCCAGCCACAAGCCAGCAACCAGGUCUGGUCUGGCUGCCAAAGCCAGCCUCCUCAAAGACCUCACCCACGAGCUGAAGGCCGUGGAGCAAGAGUCGACCAAGCUGAGAAAGCAGCAAGCUGAACUGGAGGAGGAAGAAAAAGAAAUUGAUGCUAAACUGAGAUACCUAGAGUUGGGGAUCCACCAAAGGAAAGAGACACUGGUCAAGGAGAGGGAGAGGAGGGAUAUUGCCUACCUGAGGUGUAUGGGGGACACGAGGGACUACAUGUCUGACAGUGAGUUGAAUAACCUACGUUUGGCAGCUGCAGCUGCAUCACAUGAGUCCAAUGGGCUUCUGUCAAGGCCAAGCACCGCCCCUCUGAGUCAUUUCACCAGCGACCUAAACACAGCAGCCCAGUACCCACCGACCUCAUCCUUCCUCUCCUGUCAGUACCCCCAGAGCCAACCGGCAGCACCAAUGCAGCAAUCUAGUGUGCCGUACCAGUCUUCGACAUUCAACCAGCCUCCCUAUCCCACAGUGUCUCAGUCCCAGGCACUGCCACAGCCCACGCCCCUCCAGAGCCAUGUACCACCACCUGGUCCUUACCAGUCUCAAACCUCCUACCCCUCCCAUACCUAUCCCCAAACUCAGCCCCCAUACCCCCAGACAGACAUGGGGUUACCAGCUGCACCUCAGCCUCAGCCCCAACCGGGGCAUACAGGUUUUGGACCUGCACCGCCUGGUCAGCCCCCAUACCCCACCCACAGCUCACCCUAUCCCAGCGCUGUGUCCUACCCCAGCCAGACCACCCCAUACCCUGGGCAGCCCCAGGUUGAUAUCUUGACAGUCCACCCGGGAAGACCAAGGCAGACUUCGCUGGCCGAUCUGGAGCACAAGAUGCCCACCAACUACGAGACGAUCAGCAACCCCACAGUUGUGGUCACCACCACUGCCCAAGACUCUACCUAUUCCAGUGCAGCCCCCUCUUAUGGUCAGUACACUGGAUCAACAACCAUGGCCAGCUCCUAUGGGCCAUAUGGGUCAGCACCAGUGUCCAGCAGUUACGGUGGGUACUCUACCAUGCCACCCAGCACUUAUGGCCAAUAUACUUCAUCUUCAGCUAAUUCAUAUGGCCAGUACACCACAACCACUGCUAAUACUUAUGGCUACACCACCACCACAGCCAGUUCAUAUGGACAGUACACUUCUACAGUCUCCAAUGCCUAUGGGCACUCUGUAGACAGUCCCUCCACAUACAGCACCGCAGAUGGGAUGUACGGGGCUCCUGGCUUAGAGCAGAACAUUCCAAGAAACUACAUGAUGAUUGACGACGUAAGCGAGCUUACGGCAAAAGACGGGCUGGGCACGUCGACAGGAGACAUGAUGCAUCAUGGCGGCAGUGGGCGUUACCCGGGUGACAUCCACGGCCACAUCAACACCAUUGGCAGCACUACGCGUGGGGGAACUGGCAGCUCCUCUUACGGCAGGGCACCUGAAGAGGAAGCGGCGAUGCAGGAAGAGCUGUACGACCACCACGGCAGGGGUAAGAGCAGCUACAGGCACGGACCUCUAGGGGGCAGCAGCAGCAGCGUGAGCUCUAGCAUGGGUGGGGGAUCCUCCUAUCACUAUGACUACGACUACAAACAUGGCAGCAUCCGCUCCGGGGUACAGAAACCUUCGUCGUCCUCCAGAAGCCUUCUGGCUCCUGCUGUCAUGUCCACCAAGCGCAGCAAGCACAGGAAACUCGGGAGUAUGGAGCAAAAAAUCUCCAAGUUUUCCCCCAUUGAGGAGGCUCGGGAUGUAGAGGCAGACCUGGCCUCCUAUUCCUCAUCAACAGGUGGGGCUUAUCCCUCCUCUCACAUUCGAGGGCGCCAGCUGAUCGAGGAUUACGGCUUCAAGACGAAGACCUACGAGGGCGGCAGUGGCACCACUCAUGGUAGUCGAUACUAUGGUUCAACAGGGGAGGACGACGAUAGGAUUUACUACAACUCCACCGGCCGCUCCCGUUCCACCGGCUACGGCAUGGACAAGAUCUCAGCCAGAGACUACUCUGGGUACCGCAGCCGAUCAUAUGAGAGGGACGACCGCGCCUACCGAUCUGGCCACAGCCGGGGCCGCCAACCAACCCGGCAGUACUCUGAAGAGGAGAGCCCACUUAGUCCCCUGAGGAGGUUCAUGGGUUCGGGGCGAUCAUCAAGCUUAGGCCCCGACCCGUGCGACAGCCGCAGCAGUAGAUAUCAUUACUAUUAUGGCCAGUAUGGUUCCAGCCACUCGCUGCCAGAUGUACAAGACCACAUACGAGACCUUCCCAGGACACAUGUCUACAAAUCGGAUGAUACAUACAUUAUAGACGAUUAUCAUUGCGCGGUGUCAGACAGUGAAGCCUACCAUCUGGGCCAAGAAGAAACUGACUGGUUUGAGAAGCCACGCUCCAGUUCUCGACACUACGGCAGCAGCCACUCAUCUGGGAGGAGCCGGCACGGUGUCAAACAUACCUACCACGAUUAUGAUGAGCCUCCUGAGGAGGACCUGUGGCCCCAGGAUGAGUACGGCCACGGAGGGCGACACUCUGCAUCCCGUGACCACAGGCCCCAAGGCAGCUCUGGCCGUCAGUCAUCUGCAUCACGUCAUUCAGAUGAGCAGAGGGCCUCGAGGUCAUCCAAGGGGCACCCCAAAGACCCGGCAAUGCGCCAAGACCCUACAGCACGAUCCUCAUCUGUAGGAAGGCGUGGUGAGUCCAGGUCCGGAGGGUACCACUCUUCGGACUACUCCCGAGAUCCGUCUGGGCACCACCAUGGACAGCGCUCCUCCAGACAGGGGGACCCGCACCGUUCCUCACGGAGCAAGUCCCAGCAGCCAAUGGACAUGCAGGGCCAGCCACCUGGCUCCUCCAGGUCUGGCAGCUCUUCCCGGGGUCAGGGCCCCGCUGGAGGGCCUACAGGAUCAGGGCGACAGGGUGGUCCAGGUUCCCAGACAGAUGGAGCUCCAGGACAGAGGACCCAGCUCCAACAACAAGCCCAGACAUCAGCAGCCAGGUCAGGGCAGCCUGGUGCCGCAGUGGCCACCGGCCCUCAGCAGCAGCCCCCAGUCCAGGGACAAGGCAUGGGCAUGGGCAUGGGUAUGGGAAUGGGCAUGGGGCAAGGCCAAGCCAAGCCAGGACAGAUGGGUCCAGCGGGUGGACCCAUGGGUCAGGCCAGGCAGACAGGUCCCGCAGGAACCAUGCCAGCCACCAUGGCCAAGAUGGACACGCCUCCAGUAACAGCUAUUGGAGCAAAGGCAGCGCCGGUCAUGGCCACAAAAGCCGCCCAGCCCCCACUCACAGGCAUAGGCUCCAAGGCAACUACUAGGCCAGGAGGUAUUGGCAGUGCAGCAGCAGGUCAGCCUGGCAUGGAGGGAGACAGCAUGUUGUCCAAGAUCCUCCCUGGAUCCGCCGCUGAGCAGGCCGGCAAACUGGGAGACGCUCUCACCGGUUUUGGCAAGAAGUUCUCCUCCUUAUUCUGAGGCGCUGAGAUUAAGGACUAUGUAAAUGUUAAAUGACCACGUCACGAGGCCCCGUACCAGAAAAACCUGUGAAGUUCCCCCCCUGCUUUUGUUUUACUAAAAGAGAGAGAGGAGAGAGAGAGGGAGAGGGGAACAGAGAGGAGAGAUGAGCAUACUGACCAUGUCGAGCCAACAUCCAUCUCUAGAAGGACUAUCCUCCAUCCAGCGUCCCCCAGCCAAAGGAAUUGUCUCCACCAAACUACUGCGGAACCGACCUGUAGCAGUUGAACACUUCUCCGGCCCUUCAACACGAAAGAGCUUCUGGCAGCCAAAAAUGACAGCAAAAUUCAAAGAAACAAGUUUUCUUUUUCUUUUUGCUGCUCUUCCUCCAUGCCAGUAGAGGGAGCUCCACUUACAUCACCGGAAAUCCACCCAGCCGUAGCAGACGAGUAGAACCAAUGGAAGCAUUGGACCACCUCAGCCCUACAUGUGGAUUUAAAACUGCAGCUUCAGCGGGGGGAAAAAAAUAAAAAGGUGGAGCAAUUCUACUCCCUAUAUGCUGACGACUUCACCGUUUAUAUGGGAGCUGCUUGUUCCUGCUUUGCAGGAAAUGGUAACUUUACCACAGGUAUGGUGGCAUGCUAGGAUCCUUGAUUUCACAGUCCUGUGCUCAAACUAGGAAUAACAGCAACAAACCAGCCUCUCUCCUCCUUUUCUAUCUCUUCUCAAAGUAAAAGAAAUGCGUGGAAAAAAUGGAAUAAAAACUUGCUGAGCUACUGCAGGUUUUUCUGGUACUAAAGACCUCUUGUUACAUCACCUGUUGUGAUGAAGUUAAUGAAAAUGUCACAUUGAAUGAAUACGACAAUGCUAGCGACGUAGUCGACACGCAGAGAAACCAGCGUGUCGACUUGCGUCUCUUUCCACGGUUUGUUUCUAUCUACAUUCCAGAUUGGAACUGUUGAAACCUUUUGCUCCCUCGGUUCCUCACCUCUCUGCGUUUCUUGAAUGCUGAUUAUUCUUUAUUUCAAUCCCCACCCCAACAAUCCUCAACUUGCCAUGUCUUUUAAAGAAGUAUAUAGUGAAUUCAAAAAAAUAAAAAAGUAGGAAUUUGGAAUGCAUGGAACUUUAUAUCCAAGACCUUACACUGUUCAUCAUUACUUAACAGAGGCCAUAAAGACACUGGCAAACACAUCUUAGCUAGACGACUUAAACAAUAACAAAGAAGAGAGAUUUCCGGAGCAACACACAGGAAUCGGGCCACGGGAAUAAGAGGAGCCUUUUUUUUUUUUUUUAAGGGGAAAAAAAAACCAGUAUGUGGUCGGGUUGUUUUUCAGCCAUUGCAAAGCCAUUAAGACAACAUUUACCUGCAGUGCUUGUGGUGAUGGGGUUUCUCCAACUACUCCACAACAUUUGGCUCUCAGAUAUUUCUCAUGUUGUUGUUGUUGGUUAUCAUUGUGUUCUCUUUUCAUUUUUUCAAAUUUUCGUUUGUUAUUUGCCUGGGUUUUAUGUUGCAGGUUACCAAUAUCGCCUUAAUCAUUCUUGAAUCUUUUUAUUUUGAAGUUAAACUGGCAUAUUUUUUUAUUACACCCUGUAAACACAUAUUUUCAUCACACCCCUUUUUUUAUGUAGUGAUAUUAACCGGAACACUGGCCACAGUGAGAUUAAUUUAUAUUUUUGAAAUCAACUUUGUUUUUGAUAAUUGUUUGUGAUAUUUUUUCAUUUAUUUAUGCUUUGUAAUGUUUUGUUACUUUCAUCAUGCCCCCUGUCAAUUUUUCUGACUUGUAUUUAUUCUCAAUACUUAUAAAAGCAAUAGAGUAAGUGGUAAGAAAGUAGAAAGCACAAUCCUGUGUCAUUGUCAAAGUUGGCGGAAUAGAAACGUGUUGCCUCCAUCUGUCUUACUUACCACUGAUGUACUGCUCAAGUCUGACUUAAACGUACCACCAACGGUACGCCAAUAUUGUACUACUGCUGGACUAAUGCAUCAGAGAGCAGGUGCUCACCUACAAACAAGAGUUUGGUACCGCCCAGAUCUUCUCCUCCACCCAACAGUGAGACAUCCUGUCUUCGAUCAGCCAUCAGCCAGUGGAUCGGAGUGAUGCGCCGCUUAUGAUGGCUAAAUGGAGUCUGAUCUGAAAGCACUGCAGGGCAGCAGAGAGGCACUGAAACGCAGACCGGGUCACGCACCGCGGCAGAACUGGACUAGUCGUCGUCACCUGCGGGGGUUUGGGUUUCAACGUGACCCUUCUGACCCUCCGAGAUCGAUGUUCAUUGACUCACGCGUCAGUGUGUGUCAGUGUGUGUGUCUUCACUCUUGUCAAAUGUGCACAGCACACGUGAAAUCACACUCGAAAAUGGUGUCAAAAAGAAAGAGAAAAAAAAAAAAAAAAAAAAACAGUCAGCACUCAUGUGACUGGGGAACCAAAAAUAACACACUUGGUUGUGUCACAAAGUCACUCGCCUUUUUUUUAAACUCUUCAUUUUCUAUCGUGGUGGCGUCCAGACCUGUAACCCAACCCCUCCAACACCUCUCUCUCAGACUGUCAGUUGUCAUGGAAACUUCUCAGGUCAGUGUUCUCCCUGCUGUUGCUCCUGCAGUGCAUUGUGGGAUCUGCGGUUCGGUACUCAAAAACGUACUCUUGUCGGGCCAAACAGUGCGAGGCCUUCAAGCAACACCAACGAACCAACCAACUUCUGCUGUAUAUUGUCUGUGUGAACGCUCGCUGGGAACCUUCGCAUGCUGCCCGGCGCAGAAAAACCUCAAAGUCACCUCUAUAUUGUUCUGUUCCUAAUGUGUGUAUGUAUGUGUGUGUGGGGGUCUGUAUGCGUGUAUUUAACAGCCAUCAUCCAACGUGGAAAAGAAAAGAAAAUGAGACGAACACGAGUUCAACCACAACAAAUAUGGUGGACAGAAGAGGCGACCUCUCAUCUCCAGGCCUUCUAUGCAAUGAAUCAUAUUGGGAAAAAAAACAGACAAGAGGAGGAGGAAGGGAAGUGAAUACACGGAUGGGAAAAGUCACACAGUCGUUAUUUAUCACACCUGAUUCAUAAUCGGCUUCUUGAUAUAACGAAUAUCAAGAUUGCUUUGGCAUCCUUCAUAGAUCAAGAUAAAGAGAUUGUGUUGAGCAUAAUAUAGGUCACCGGUAAGUUAGUAAAUAACAAGGAGGGUCUUUGUAUUACUUGUGUUAACCUGGCUCCUGCUUCAUGGUCCCUCCUCCCCCCCAUGUGGGAGUCUCUGCUGAAGGGUCUCUCGCUAAAGAUGCGUUCAUGACAGCUGGGAAAUGACAAUUAGAGCUGAGAGGACGAGUUGCUGCCACAGAUGCGCCACUGUUUUCAAUCAAAACGUUUUGUGCAGUAAAGUGUCUUUAUUUUUCAUAAAAUACAAUUCUUUACCUGUACAAGAAAAUUCAGUUGUUAGUAAAUCCCAUUCUAAAUCGUCUGUUUUAAAGGUAAAACUGCAUACAAGUAAACAGAAAUGUGAAUGAGCAAACGUAAAAGUCUCGCUAGAGAUGCUUCACGGUAAACAAUAAUCCAUUUGUUCUCAACACCGGUACAAGAGACGUAUUUCCCAGAAAUAACAAGGAAAUAAAAAUGCAUUUUAAAGGUUGUCCAGAGAUUUAUAUAGACAAAGAUAAUUAUUUAUAUGAAUAUAGACUAAAUCUAAUAUAAUUAUAAAGAUUUAGAAAUGUUUAACAAUAACAAAUUAAGAAUAUAUUCCCUAAUAUUGUUUGUGUCUGCUCAGGGGUGAAGAAGAAGAAAAGCUCCUCUUUAUUUUAUUUUAUUGAUUUAGUUUGACGACCAAAAGUCAUAGACUGAAAUCAUCUGACUAAAAAUACUGCUGGAGGCUACUAGUGAAGUACUAUUCAAGGCAUUCCGAAAUUGAAGUGUGUGUGUGUGUGUGUGUGUGUGUGUGUGUGUGUGUGUGUGUGUGUGUGUGUGUGUGUGUGUGUGUGUGU